AUGUUGCUGGAAUUUGCCAGCCCAAGUACCUCUAAUACCACAAAAAACUGCACUGAGGCUGAACUGUUGGAAGAUUACCUGAAUGUCUACAUGUCUAUCCUACUGAUCGUAGGUGUUGGUGGCUUUCUAGUUUCCACGGUGAUUCACAACAGAAUCAUAUGUGUUGGUAGAAGAAAUGAGCCUAAGCAAACUGAGAUCCCCUACUUGCUCUAUGGAACAAUUCUAUUUGGAGUAGGUGCAACAGUUUGGUUCCUUUUUAGAGCAUUAGGGAAUACAACACAUAGUAAUUCUCUCAUUGCUGGAGAAUUCUACGACGCUCUUGAAAUAGCUUUCAUUCUCUGGCAGUUUUACUUCAUUUUUACAGUUUCUGAUGUAGCUCUGAAAAGUAGCCAACUCAUGACUGUCUUUCUCAUGCAUGUAGCUGCUACAAACUGUUGUCUGUGGAUCCGUAUUACAGUUGGUGAAGCCAAAGAGAGAGAGAGCAAACUGACUGGGAGAUGCAACCAAACGGCAUUCACAACAGUCUGUGCAUAUAACACCACUGUCAACAAUUACUCCUCCAAUAUUCAAGAUUUGGGCAGUGGCAGCAGUAACCCAACGUUUCAAGAGAAAGUGAGAGAUAUAGCAGACAGUGCUGUACCAUUCCUUUAUCCAUGCAUUGCCGAAUUCUGUCUCAGUGCAUCCGGUCUUAUUCUUAAAUUGUGGUUAAAUCAACAGCCCCAGUCAGCUGACCAAGCUGCUGAUAAUGGUACUGAUGACCAUAAUGAUGAUAGUGAUGAGGAUCGGCCUCUAAUUCAUCCAAAUCGACAGCAAAUAAAUAGACGAUGCAGUCGCCUUUGCCGCUAUGCUACAGUCUUUGCAACCAUUCUCUUUUCAUUAACUCUUGUUGCUAUGAUCUUGCAUAUUGUAUUUGAUGAUCAGAAUAAGUCAUUUACACAACCAACUGUCAUUUAUGAAGUUAGCCAAAUUGUGGUAAUCUCUACAGCUCUCACUACAGCAAUUAUCGGUCUAAUUUCAGAUGGCUUAGCAAGCAAGACUCGUGAUCUGCCAGCCCCUGAUCCACCAGCCAGUGAUCCACCAGCAGAACAAGAACCACAAAUCAGAGAUCAUCACACGAAAGGUAGUCACACAAUGGUGGAAGGAGCCCUUAUCCUCAUCUCUGUAUCUGGUCUCUAUUUUGCACAAUGUCUUCAACUUAACGCUUCCCUCAACAGUAAAUAUACAAAUAAUAAGUUACACAUCCCUUCUACAGGUCCUCACAAAAUAAGCUGCCACACCAUGUUGAGACUCUCUAGUGCUCAAAGCUUCCUAACAGGAUGUCUUGCAUUUUUCCAAACUCUUUUCAUUACGCAGGGAUUAACACAUAAGAUACAUGAUGGUGAAAUCAAUCAACAACCCACACCUGCAGAUGAUGGAGGGAAUCCAGCUCGGAAUGAAAGAGAUCACAACCUCACACCUGCAGACAGGAGAGGAACUGCAGCUCUCGUUCUCUUUAUCUGCAAUUUGACUCUCUGGAUGUCAAAGACUUACGAGAUGUCUGGAUUGUAUUGCAAUCCUCUCUACUCUGACUUUUACUCAAGUUGGGUUCAAUUGUCUGACGUCUUCUACCCUCUCUGGAUAUUCUAUCAUUUCCAUUCAGCAGCUACUUGUGUCAACAUUGCCUGGAACUCUUUCAACUAGUAGCAGACAACACAAGUAGCUAUACAUGUAUUGAACUCCACAUUUUCUCUGCUAUCCUCAUCACAAUAUUCUAUUAUGUAUCUGCUGCAGUAUCACAUGCUUGUUGUUAUUGCUAUCAUUGUUGUUUUGCUGUUAAUUUUAACUAGCUGGGCUACUAUAUACUAACACAUAUUGAUUACAUUCAGAAAAGCCAACACGCACUUGCA